UAUCUGAAUCCACAAUGCUGCAUAUAACCGUUGUGACAUUUUUGAUUGGAGUGUGCUCAUCAUUCCCAACCUUGAAAGAACGUGAAAGAACAGAUGACUCAGUUAGUAAUGAGAACACCAACCAAGACAAUGAGAGACGGACUCCCGGAUCAACAGGUGGGACUCGAGCAACAGGGGGCGUUGUGGGGAUAGGUGGAUUCUACCAAAAUCCUUCCCUACCAGCAUACCAGCCGUUUUCCCCGUAUGCCACUCCCACCCAGGUGAAUCCAGCAUUCAACCCUUAUGCCCUGCCCACCCAGGUGAAUCCAGCAUUCAACCCUUAUGCCCCGCCCACCCAGGUGAAUCCAGCAUUCAACCCUUAUGCCCCGCCUACCCAGGUGAACCCAGCAUACAACCCUUAUGCCCCGCCUACCCAGGUGAACCCCUAUCUCCAACCCACACAGCCCUAUGCCCCUGUCUCCCCCUACCCCUCAUCCAGUCAGUCCAACACCGCGCUCCAGUCCGUACUGCCCUUCCUAUUGGCUCGUCUCAUCCCCACUCCAGCCACGCCCCUCUCUGCCCCUUUGAUUGAUGAGAACUGAGUGCAGGACCAUUCCGCUGUGCAUCGAAGCUCCUCCUUCCCAUUCUUCUGAUUGAAUGCACUUUCAGGCUUGGGCUAUGUUCUCUUGAGAGACCUUUGCUCUUGUGAAGCACAAGAGGUGCCCUAAAGUGAAUAAACCAGGU